AUGGCAAGUCUAUUUCGUAAUUCUCGAUCUAUUAUUACACGAUUUUCUUGCAUUCGUCGUACUGCAGCAACAACAGGUGCUGGUACACAAGUAAAAACAUCUGGUGCUUCGACAACUCUUUCGCAAGCAUCACGUUCUGGUACUGACGUUAAUAUGGCGGUACGAGAUGCUCGACAACGAUUAACCCCAACUGAUCCGAUUAAGCCAAGGCCUGCAGGCGAAUCACCUCUCAUUAUCAGAGCAUUGAUAACAAUGAGUUGUUAUCCUCUUCGUUAUUUAAUUCAUCAAGUUUUCUAA